AUGCCAUCCCAGGACUCAAUGGAGCCAACCUUCUCCUUGCCCAUAGGCCUCCCUCUUUCUUCCUCUCACUCUGUGCCUCUACCUUUCCCCAUGUCUCAUGGCACCACAACCCUGGCCUUUAUAUUCCAGGGUGGGGUGUUGGCUGCAGCAGACACCCGUUCCAGUUGCUCUGGGCUUGUUGCAUGCCCAGCCGCACAGAAGAUCCUGCCCAUUCACAGUCACUUGGUGGGUACCACCUCAGGUACUUCAGCUGACUGUGCCCUCUGGAAGCGAAUUUUGGCUCGGGAACUGCGGCUUUACCAACUGCGCCAUGGCAGACGGCUGUCCACAGGUGGAGCUGCCAAAUUGCUUUCACACAUGCUUCAGCCAUUUAAGGGCACAGAAUUGUGUGUGGCUGCCACGUUGUGUGGCUGGGAUGGAGGAGAGAUGGAUGAUAAUCAAAUGACUGACGUGGAAAACUCUGCAAGUCUUAAUCUGGAAAAGGCAAAGACUCAGUGCCUCUCCACAGCUGUUGGUGGCCAACAGUGCUUCGGUAGAGAAAGAUCUGGACCCAGUCUGUACUAUGUGUGCAGUGAUGGCACCCGCCUGAAGGGAACUCUCUUCUCUGUGGGCUCAGGAUCACCCUAUGCCUACUCUGUGCUGGACCAAGGGGUGCAAUGGGGACUGACAGUGCAAGAGGCUGUUUCCAUUGCCAGAGAGGCUGUAUUCAGGGCCACGUACAGGGAUGCAUACUCAGGCAACUGUGUAGACCUGUAUCACAUCACCUCAAAAGGUUGGACUCGCAGAAACCGAGAAGACUUGAAAGAGGAGUAUUACAGAGAGAAGGAGAGGCAAAGUGGAGACAGCCAGAGAAUAAUGGUGAAGGAUUUCAAGGGCAAAGCUUUUCGCAGAAUGGGAGGGGAGUUCACAGCUCAUAGCUUAGCCCUCUGCAGAAAGGUGCAGAGCAAAAGUUUGCAGCUGGGGGUUAAAGGUGUGGAUUGUCAGUCCACAAGCCGAUACUGA